AUGACAAGACGAGAGCAUGAGAAUGGAACGUCCAACGGAGAUGCAGCUCACAGCGAAGAGCUCCAUGUUGUCCAGAUUGCGGAAGACGCCCGACAGUCUGGUGAAGCCAGCCCAGAGGUGAUCGGAGAAGCCCUGACCUACCUCCACCGCGACGGCAUUAUCGUCCUCGAGAAUGCCAUCGAUCCGGCUCAUCUCGAUGCCCUAUAUUCGUUGCUAGGCCCUGAAGCGGAAGAGGUUGCUCGAGACCCCGACCACCAUUUCAACUUCGGCAAGGACACCAAAAAUAUGGACCAGGCGCCCCCUUUAAAUCCAGAUCUCAUGUUCCAGGACAUAUGGGCAAAUCCCAUCGCCUGUUCCAUCCUCCAACACGUGCUUGGACCUCAACUCGUCUGCCACUACGCGAACGGCAACACGGCUCUUGGACCAGCAACAGGGCGUCAGCCCGUCCACAGCGACAUCGACAAGCCGCAUCCCCUGUUUCCGUUCGCUUACAUCCUGAACAUUGCUCUUGACGAUGUUAGUCUGGAGAACGGCGCAACAGAAGUCUGGCUGGGAAGCCAUCGCGAAAGCAACAUCGAUCAACAUACCACGUACGGCAGCAAGGACAGCGAAGCCGGACUGACGAUCAAGCCAGAUCUCCUGGAUGCGAGGAGGAAGCACUCUCCACCAGUCAAUGCCGCUACAAAGAAGGGUAGCAUUGUCAUUCGCGAUAUCAGAUUAUGGCAUGCCGGUGUUCCGAAUCGAACGCCGAAGCCUAGGAUCAUGCUCUCCUUUGUGCUUCAGCCCAAGUGGUUCCAGGCGCCUUCAAAGGUACUGUUGCCAAUGAAGGCGAGGGACCUCGUCAAAGGAUGGCAGGCAGAGACGGGCCUAGGAUUUAACGCCGAAUGGGUGGAUGGUGAUGUUGAUCAUCGAAAGGUGACCUCUGCAGAGGUGGAUUUCGCGACUAACAACAAGAGAAUGCUGGAGCUGGAAGCGCUGAUGCACAUGCCUCCUACUUGA